CGGGGCUGCUACUAAAGCCCUGGACUCCCGGCCCGGGGCAGCCUGGGGAGGGACGCGUGCGGGGACGGAGCUCGGCGCGCUCGCUGCUGGAGGGUGAUGGCCGUGCGAGGCUGCGGGCUCCGACCUCACCCGGAGUCGGCGGCGAGAGGCUCGCCGAGGCGCGGGGUUCUGGGCUAGCGCUGAGCUCCGGACCCAAGCACCCCGGGUCUUAGCACAUUCCGCGUCCACAGACUGACGAAAACGAAGAUCCGCUCUCGCUUUCGCUGAUCGCUGUCCUCCAGAUCAUGUCCUCGGCUCCCGGGACAGCGCGCGGAAGAAGAAGUUUGGCCGGCGUGGACCCAAUGACCUUUCCAAGCUGUGCGCCUCGCUGCCUGGACCUAGUCUGAGCGGCGCUGCCCAGGCAGACCUUUCUGCCGGAGGACAUUUUCUGCUUGCUGUUGUCUCUCUGGGUUUUCGCCGGAGCCCUACGCCCACCCAUCUCUGAGUCCUGGAGGAAAGGGGCGGCUCCUUCCGCCCUCCAGCAUCCCGGAAAAUGGGGAGCAAGGCCUUGCCGGCGCCCAUCCCACUCCACCCGUCGCUUCAGCUCACCAAUUACUCCUUCCUGCAGGCCGUGAACACCUUUCCAGCCGCGGUGGACCACCUGCAGGGCCUGUACGGUCUCAGCGCUGUGCAGACCAUGCACAUGAACCACUGGACGCUGGGGUACCCCAAUGUGCACGAGAUCACCCGCUCCACCAUCACCGAGAUGGCGGCGGCGCAGGGCCUCGUGGACGCGCGCUUCCCCUUCCCAGCUCUGCCCUUUACCACCCACCUAUUCCAUCCCAAGCAGGGGGCCAUUGCCCACGUCCUCCCAGCCCUGCACAAGGAUCGACCCCGUUUUGACUUUGCCAACUUGGCCGUGGCCGCCACGCAAGAGGAUCCCCCUAAGAUAGGAGACCUGACCAAGUUGAGCCCGGGGCUGGGUAGCCCCAUCUCGGGCCUCAGUAAAUUGACUCCAGACAGAAAGCCCUCCCGAGGGAGGUUGCCCUCCAAAACGAAAAAAGAGUUUAUCUGCAAAUUUUGUGGCAGACACUUUACCAAAUCCUACAAUUUACUUAUCCACGAGAGGACCCACACAGACGAGAGGCCGUACACGUGUGACAUCUGCCACAAGGCCUUCCGGAGGCAAGAUCACCUGCGGGAUCACAGGUAUAUCCAUUCCAAAGAAAAACCCUUCAAAUGUCAGGAGUGUGGGAAAGGAUUUUGUCAGUCUAGAACUCUAGCAGUUCACAAAACUUUACAUAUGCAGGAAUCUCCACACAAAUGUCCCACAUGUGGAAGAACCUUUAAUCAGAGAAGUAAUCUGAAAACUCACCUUCUCACCCAUACAGACAUCAAGCCCUACAGCUGCGAGCAGUGCGGCAAAGUGUUCAGGCGAAACUGUGAUCUGCGGCGGCACAGCCUGACUCACACCCCGCGGCAGGACUUCUAGAGAAGCCCAGGAUCUGUCCCGUGCCGCCGCUGCUCCCCUCCCCAGACUCCUCUCUACGCCUCCUACCCAGGGCUCCCACCCCCAACCCUUCACUGACCCCAGCUCUUCCCUUGCUGCAAUUGCACCUGCAGCUCCAGGGAGUUAACUUUUCUCCAGAACUGUAGAAAGCCACACAUUACAUCCUUUCACAGAGAGCAUAUGCUAGUUUCUUGUAGAUAUUCACGGCUCAUUUUAGAGCUCUGUACAUAAUGUCGUGGGUCUUGUCUUGUUGUUUUGUUUGUUUUUGUAUCUUGGAUGCACCUAGAUAUGGAAAAUGGAAGCCAAAUUUAUCUUUAAAGAGUGUAUUUUCAAAAUAAACCUUUUUCUUUUCUGUGCCAACA